AUGGAGCCAACCACGAUCACCACGAAGGUGCCAACUACGAUCACAACAAUGGAGCCAACCACGAUCACCACGAAGGCGCCAACCACGACCACGACGACAACAAUGGCACCAACGACGAUCACCACGAAGGUGCCAACUACGAUCACAACAAUGGAGCCAACCACGAUCACCACGAAGGCGCCAACCACGAUCACAACAAUGGAGCCAACCACGAUCACCACGAAGGCGCCAACCACGAUCACAACAAUGGAGCCAACCACGAUCACCACGAAGGUGCCAACUACGAUCACAACAAUGGAGCCAACCACGAUCACCACGAAGGCGCCAACGACGAUCACAACAAUGGAGCCAACCACGAUCACCACGAAGGUACCAACUACGAUCACAACAAUGGAGCCAACCACGAUCACCACGAAGGCGCCAACCACGAUCACCACGAAGGCGCCAACCACGAUCACCACGAAGGUACCAACGACGAUCACCACGAAGACGCCAACUACGAUCACAACAAUGGCACCAACGACGACCACCACGAAGGUGCCAACCACGACCACGACGACAACAAUGGCACCAACGACGAUCACCACGAAGGUGCCAACCACGUCCACGACCACGACAACAAUGGCACCAACGACGAUCACCACGAAGGCGCCAACCACGUCCACGACCACGACAACAAUGGCACCAACGACGAUCACCACGAAGGCGCCAACCACGACCACGACGACAACAAUGGCACCAACGACGAUCACCACGAAGGUGCCAACUACGAUCACAACAAUGGAGCCAACCACGAUCACCACGAAGGCGCCAACCACGAUCACAACAAUGGAGCCAACCACGAUCACCACGAAGGCGCCAACCACGAUCACAACAAUGGAGCCAACCACGAUCACCACGAAGGUGCCAACUACGAUCACAACAAUGGAGCCAACCACGAUCACCACGAAGGCGCCAACCACGAUCACAACAAUGGAGCCAACCACGAUCACCACGAAGGUACCAACUACGAUCACAACAAUGGAGCCAACCACGAUCACCACGAAGGCGCCAACGACGAUCACAACAAUGGAGCCAACCACGAUCACCACGAAGGUACCAACUACGAUCACAACAAUGGAGCCAACCACGAUCACCACGAAGGCGCCAACCACGAUCACCACGAAGGCGCCAACCACGAUCACCACGAAGGUACCAACUACGAUCACAACAAUGGAGCCAACCACGAUCACCACGAAGGCGCCAACCAAGAUCACCACGAAGACGCCAACUACGAUCACAACAAUGGCACCAACGACGAUCACCACGAAGGCGCCGACCACGAUCACCACGAAGGCGCCAACCACGAUCACCACGAAGGCGCCAACCACGUCCACGACCACGACAACAAUGGCACCAACGACGAUCACCACGAAGGCGCCAACUACGAUCACAACAAUGGCACCAACGACGACCACCACGAAGGUGCCAACCACGAUCACCACGAAGGCGCCGACCACGAUCACAACAAUGGAGCCAACCACGAUCACCACGAAGGUACCAACUACGAUCACAACAAUGGAGCCAACCACGAUCACCACGAAGGUGCCAACUACGAUCACAACAAUGGAGCCAACCACGAUCACCACGAAGGUGCCAACCACGAUCACCACGAAGGCGCCGACCACGAUCACAACAAUGGAGCCAACCACGAUCACCACGAAGGUACCAACUACGAUCACAACAAUGGAGCCAACCACGAUCACCACGAAGGUGCCAACUACGAUCACAACAAUGGAGCCAACCACGAUCACCACGAAGGUACCAACGACGAUCACCACGAAGGCGCCAACCACGAUCACAACAAUGGCACCAACGACGACCACCACGAAGGUGCCAACCACGACCACGACGACAACAAUGGCACCAACGACGAUCACCACGAAGGUGCCAACGACGAUCACCACGAAGGCGCCGACCACGAUCACAACAAUGGAGCCAACCACGAUCACCACGAAGGCGCCAACCACGUCCACGACCACGACAACAAUGGCACCAACGACGAUCACCACGAAGGUGCCAACCACGUCCACGACCACGACAACAAUGGCACCAACGACGAUCACCACGAAGGUGCCAACCACGACCACGACGACAACAAUGGCACCAACGACGAUCACCACGAAGGCGCCAACCACGUCCACGACCACGACAACAAUGGCACCAACGACGAUCACCACGAAGGCGCCAACCACGACCACGACGACAACAAUGGCACCAACGACGAUCACCACGAAGGUGCCAACUACGAUCACAACAAUGGAGCCAACCACGAUCACCACGAAGGUACCAACUACGAUCACAACAAUGGAGCCAACCACGAUCACCACGAAGGCGCCAACGACGAUCACAACAAUGGAGCCAACCACGAUCACCACGAAGGUACCAACUACGAUCACAACAAUGGAGCCAACUACGAUCACCACGAAGGCGCCAACCACGACCACGACGACAACAAUGACACCAACGACGACCACCACGAAGGCGCCAACCACGUCCACGACCACGACAACAAUGGCACCAACGACGACCACCACGAAGGUGCCAACCACGACCACAACGACAACAAUGGCACCAACGACGACCACCACGAAGGUGCCAACCACGACGACGACGACAACAAUGGCACCAACGACGAUCACCACGAAGGCGCCAACCACGACCACGACGACAACAAUGGCACCAACGACGAUCACCACGAAGGUGCCAACCACGACCACGACGACAACAAUGACACCAACGACGACCACCACGAAGGUGCCAACCACGACCACGACGACAACAAUGGCACCAACGACGACCACCACGAAGGUGCCAACGACGAUCACCACGAAGGAGCCAACCACGAUCACAACAAUGGAGCCAACCACGAUCACCACGAAGGAGCCAACCACGAUCACAACAAUGGAGCCAACGACGAUCACCACGAAGGCGCCAACCACGACCACGACGACAACAAUGGCACCAACGACGAUCACCACGAAGGCGCCAACCACGUCCACGACCACGACAACAAUGGCACCAACGACGACCACCACGAAGGUGCCAACGACGACCACCACGAAGGUGCCAACCACGACUACGACGACAACAAUGACACCAACGACGACCACCACGAAGGCGCCAACCACGUCCACGACGACAACAAUGGCACCAUCGACGUCCACCACGAAGGCACCUCCAUAUGUUCAUUAA